AUGGCACGUCCUUCAGUUGCCCCGGCAACGCCCUUGAGACCAGAGCAGACCUUGGAGGAGGACGAGCCCCUAGACCCUAUGCUUAUGGCAGAGGCAGAGAACCUGGGAUCCCCUAUGGUGCAAGCUUUGUUGGAGCAAACGAAGGUGCUACGCACCAUCAUGUCCCAUUUCCAUUCUACAAGCACAGAUCCUAUGUCAGACCUGUCGUCUUCUACACCCACCACGGGAAUCAAGGGCACCAUGGCCCGAGAAAAGCUGCAGAGAGAUCUGUCCAAUGGGUCUGGCCAGUUCUUCCUGAAAGUUUGCCAAGCCAUUCAGAGACGUAUGAGCCCAACAUCUCGGCCAGCUUCCGAUCUUUCAGAAGUUGCAGGAAUCUCCCUUCUGGCGUACCUCGAGCGUUAUGGGGGUUACGGCCAGAGUCGAGAGUUGGGCAUGGUUCAGUGGUCCUUAGGCUACGCAUUCGACGCGGCAGCUGCGGGAGAUCUGGCCCUCGUGCGAGAUCAUCUCGCUUUGACUGCAGUUAUGGUGGAACAGGCCAGUUUGGAUCGGAAUGUUUGGAACCUGGCGUGGCUCCUUCGGCUCUUGGACGACCCGCCUCAGAACUUGUGGUUGAACAGGGGCCAAACAGCGACAGGGGCCAGGAGACCUUUUGCUCCAUUGUGCCCGCAUCAGUGGACAACAGUGGCUUUGGCCUAUCUGAAGGAGGCGGAGGUCUUGCAGGGAAAACGGAGCGAGGUGCUGGGGGGAGGAAAGAAUGCUCAGGCGGAGGAGGGAGCAGCUCCAAAGCCAAACCCCAAACGCCGGCCAGGUUCACAGGUGACAAAUCCUGCGGGCGUGAGAACUGAAUUUCAGAAUGAGGUCUUGGAGAACUUUGCACGAGAAGGGGAUGUUUCAACUAUCUCUUUCAGCUUUGAGACCUGGUGCAUGUCUAUUGCUAGAUGGUGUUUGAAGUCACGCACAGCUUUUGGCUUCUUCCUUAGCAAGACCCUCUGCAUAUCAAGGGAUGGGCCACCUGCUCAUCCUACCGCCUUGUUUCCGCUGCCCAUGCCUUUUGUUAGGUUUGCAGCUGGCCCUGAGGAGUCCAAGGCUGUUUCAGCCCACAGCAGAGCUAUUGACAGAGCCCUUCAUGUCUUGGUGUGCGCUGUCAAUUUUUCAUUUAUGUCAAGAACUCUGCCACCUUUGGAUUUGAUCAGGAGGCAACCCAAUGAGAUUCAAGCUGCGGCCAUCUCCAAGUUGCGGUUGCUCUUAGAGGCGUGUGACCAUGGCAAACCCAUUGAAGUGGCGAGCUGCGGUCGUCGAAAUUUGCAGUUAGUGACCCGCCUCAAAGAGCUGGCACGGGCUGCAGAUGCAUUGGGCUUUUCCUCGGGCCCUUACAGUGAAGUCAAAGAGAAAUUGGCAGUCCCGGUUGACAACUCAGAGCAUCCGCAGCUUCAGCCUUUUUCAAAUUUGAAGCCUGACCGCCUCAAGAUUUCGGGGCGUGGCCAGUGGGACCCCUCAGCCUACCUUGAGCCAGAACUGUACAUGGCUUUUCGAGAGCCCCAGGUGAUUGAGCUUGAUCGUCCAGUUUUUGACAGAGGAGUUCCAAAUUUUUUGGUGGAUAGUCCAGAAACUGUCAUGCAGCUGUUUGAAAGGUGGGAUGCGUUAGGCUUGCUUACGUUGCACCCCAAAGAAUCUAUAACAACUGGAGAUUCUGGCCGGGUCAAGAUUUUCAACGCGUUCAAAUCAGCAGAAUGGGAUCGCCAGAUCGGCGACAGGAGAGAGAGGAACGGAUGGGAGGCCAGGAUUUCUGGCCCGUCCAGCGCUCUCCCCAUUGGUUCCCUGAUUGGGCGACUUUGCAUCCCAGAGGGCUGUGGUGUCAAGCUCUGUGUAACAGACCGUUCGGACUAUUACCACCAGAUUGGAGUUUCUGAUGAGAGAAGCCGCUCCAAUGUAGUCUGGCCAGCCUUCCCUUUGCGGCAGUUUGCUCACCUUGAAGCCUACAAGAGAUAUAUGCAGAAAGCCCAAGCUAGCUUGCGUCCCAUUGACCGCACUGUGCAUGGCGACCAACUGGGGGGCCAUCGUCCUCAGAGGCUGCCCACAAAUCCUGAUCUUGGCCAGCCCACGGCACCCAAGAGCAAGGCCUACCAUGUCUUCCGACAGGCAAAGCAGUGCUAUGAGGACGCCAAUCUUGCCGGCUCCGACCCCAAAGAUGUUGUUGAUGCGGAUUGUGGAGUUGUAGUUGGAGCUGAAGUUGACUCCCGGGCUUCCACAGUUGCUGGGGGUAUUCUUCCAGUAGGAUGCCCUGCCUCAAAAAGACUUGCUCUGUCAUGGAUUGCCGCAAAAGCUGCCGCAUUGCCGUGCACCUCAGAUGCGCUACAUGCUUCACUGCUGGGAGGACUUGUGUCGGCUUUUUGCUUCAGGCGCUGUUCCAUGGCUGUGCUGGAGGAGCUUUUUAAGGUCAUUCCGGCAACAGAACUGCAGCCAGAUCAGCCCCGCACUCAUCCACUCAGCCGAAGAGCAGCCAAUGAGCUCAUUUUGAGCGCAGUUUUGCUUCCUGUUGCAACAUCAGACAUUUUGGCCCCCUUUCACAAGUGGAUCUAUGCUUCAGAUGCGUCGAACGCCAAGGGUGCAUUUUGUGAGUCUAUUAUUUCUCCGGGACUUGCUAUGCCCCUUUGGCAAGCAGGAGAUUUCAAAGGUGGCCAUUCAUUUCUGGAUCCGUGGCAGAAGCGGGUCGUGCAGGAAGCUAGUGGAUGGGAUGAGGAAGACUGGCAUGACCUUGGAGCAGCAGAAACCGACCAGAAGUUGCCUUUGAGCAGACCCCUUGCACAGUUCUUUGACUUCAUAGAGAUUUGCGGUGGAGCUGGAGCUAUUUCAGAAGAGAUGUCAUCCUUGGGGUACACUGUUGGGCCCAUCAUUGACAUCACGUACUCCAAGCAAUACAACCUGGUCGAUUUGAGAACGUUGGAAUGGCUUCUGUUUCUAGUGCAGAAUCGGAGGGUCAGGGCGUUGGCUUUGGAGCCCCCCUGUACGACAUUUUCUGCUGCUGCUCAUCCAGCAUGUCGGAGCUAUAGAGUUCCCAGAGGCUGGAACCAGAAGGUCCCAAAAGUUUGGUAUGGAAACCGUCUCGCCUUUGCAUGUUUGACCUUGAUGUUGGCUGCGGCCCAUGCUUAUGUCAUUGCAUUGAUGGAGACUCCAAGGAGAUCGAAGAUGGGAUGGCUCAGGGAAUGGCUUUUUCUUUUGAGCCUGCCAAACGUUGAGGAAACCUUCACAGCAUCAUGCUCUUUUGGAAGCGAGUUUCAAAAGGAGUUCAAGUUUCUGACAUGCAACAUGAGAGCAAAGAGCAUCUGCAGGCCUUGCAAGCGCGACCAUACACAUGUCAGGGUUCAAGGACAGUUGACCAAAGGUAGCGCAGUUUACUGUAAGGGUUUGGCAGUUGCUUUGGCAGAUCUUUUUCACCGGCAUUUGAAAGCAGAAGCAGAUUUUUCAGCAAAGCACAGAGUCAAUUUCGAGGGGCUCGAGAGCAUCUUUGUGAAUGAGGUUAUCAAGAAGCAGCAGUGGUCAGUAGGUUCUUUUUGGAAAUGGACGGGUUCAUCGCACAUCAAUGUUUUGGAGAUGGCAUCAGUUGUUCAGGCUUUGAAGCGGGCAGCCAGAAGAGGAGGAGGAAGAAUUUGUUUGCUUGUUGAUUCUUACGUGGUCAUGCGAAGUGUUGCAAAGGGCCGCUCUUCAUCAAAAGCACUUGAAGGUCUCUUCAGAUUGGCAGAGCUCCCCCGCAUGAAACGAUGGAUUUCGAAUUGGACUUCUCUUUUUCUUGGACUUUGCUCUGUGCACUCCUUGCGUUAUGCCAGCCUCUCCAUACCCCACCCCAGAACUCGCUCCAGUUCGCCUCCUGUGGACUUCUACCAUCAUGUCUUGGAUUUUCAUGCAACCCUUGGCUUCCCUGGUGAAGGUCCCCUAGGUGUAGUUGGAUUUUGCUUAGGUUUGGUAGUUUUCGGAUUGCUCGUUAGCUACAGCCAUGGCAUGAACCCUCGGCAUCGAGACGAUGAGAGACGAGCUGCAGCCCGAUCUGUCAAGCCGCUGCACUCAGGAAGGCCUGUGCAACCAUUGACACGAUCAAACCGUGACAAGCUGCUGGAAAAUUUUGGUGCGUGGCUCAUGAGUAAGGGUAUCAGCUUAACAGAACUUCUGGAGAAAUCCUACACGAACCCUGAAGGAGUUGUCUCGAAGUUGGUUGAGUACGGCCUUGCUUUGUAUGACUCAGGCCGUCCAUACAGCCAUUUUUCGGAAACGAUAAAUGCGGUUGCGGCAGCCCGUCCCACAAUCAGAAGAAUGCUGACAGGCGCUUGGGACCUUGCGUUCAGCUGGUUACGCGAAGAACCUGGUGAGCAUCACACAGCAUGCCCGUUUCAGAUCUUUCUUGGACUGAUCAGCGCUUGCAUUCUUUGGGGCUGGCCGACCAUUGCUGGCAUUUUGGCUCUAUCAUGGGGUGCAGUAUGUAGGAUUGGAGAAGUUCUGCAAGCUCACAGAAGAGACCUGGUGUUGCCUCCUGAUGUUGGCUACACCUCAAGUUCUGUUUUCCUACGUGUGCAAGAACCUAAGACGAGGUAUCGAGCGGCUCGUCAUCAGGUGGCUCGACUGGACUAUGCAGAUCUGGUUGACCUUGUGACAUCAGCUUUUGCCGGUUUGAAACCAGAAGAGAGGCUUUGGCCCUUCUCGGCUCAGCUGCUUCGUACUAGGUUCAAACAACUGCUGCGAGGAAUUGGAUUGCCACAUCAGCGUUCAGAGUCAAGUCGAUGUCUUGACCUGGGUUCUUUGCGUGCAGGUGGAGCAACUUUCUUGAUGAUGAUUAGUGAGGAUGCAGAGCUGGUCAGGCGCAGGGGAAGGUGGUUAGCCCCCCGCACAAUGGAGAUCUAUGUGCAGGAGGUUGGAGCCACGAUCUACUUUCCUCACCUGUCCAGUGAUCUGAAAGAACCAAUCCUUGCUAUGGCUUCUUCUUUUCCUGCCCUCUUAGAAUCUAUGAAGAACUUGCAGCGAAUCCAUGUUCCUCCAUCUGCUUGGUACAAAUUGUUUCAGAUGCAAACUGAUGGGAAAGAUGGGAUGAAUGGUCUCAGGGAGAAGGCACAUGGCAAAAAUGCCCCGUGCAGCAGAACGAAACCAAAGGAUAUGCAGAGGAAAAAGGCAGAAGAGCAGCUGACAGUACAUCACCAUGAUGCAGCAAGCGAUUCAGGCGGUUUGCAUCGCCGAAAUGGCUGUCUGGUGGGCCAGUUCCCCAUUGGUGCUGGCCUGGGUGAUGCAGCAGCCACCGACCCCACCUACCAGGUCUUGGAAAUUCGAAAGCAGAAGCUGCGACGCAAGAAGGAUCGACGCCUGGCGAAGGGCGCGCCGUCGCCGGAGCUUCAAAGUCUUCUGAAACAGCGGCCGGAACGAAAGCGCGAGGAGCGAUGA